AUGGCUGAGUCAAGUACCAGUCCUGCGAUAGAGCAGUCGAUGGACAACGCCCUGGCCAAGCGGAUUCUGCGCAAGAUCGAUCGACGACUCGUCCCGCUCAUGUUCUUGACAUAUAUGUUGAAUUUUAUGGAUAAAACGAUUCUGUCGAGUGCCGCUGUAUUUGGACUUGAAGAAGACACGGGACUGGUUGGUCAACAAUAUAGCUGGGUGUCGUCUGUCUUUUACUUUGGUUACCUUGGAUGGUCAUAUCCAACAACCUUUCUGAUCGCUCGUCUGCCGACUGGGAAAUAUGUCACGGCAAAUACCUUUUUCUGGGGCGCUGUGGUCGCUCUCACGGCGGCUUGUAAGAACUUUGGAGGACUGAUAACUGUUCGUUUCCUGCUAGGUGUGGCAGAGGCUUCUAUCACACCUGCAUUUAUGUUUAUCACAACGACAUGGUACACGCGUGAUGAAAUCCCAACUCGAACAGGUAUAUGGUUUGCAGGAAAUAGCGUCGGUGGCAUCGCUUCCAAUUUUCUUGCUUACGGCCUCGGUCAUGUCAAAGACAGUGUUGGACCAUGGAGGUGGAUGUUUAUUGUCCUUGGACUCUUGACAUUCCUCUGGGCCUUUGUCAUUUGGUUUCUACUCCCUGAUUCCAUCCCAAAAGCAAAGUUCCUUACUGAAGAGGAGCGUCAAUUUGCAACCAAUCGAAUCCUUGUUGCUGGAACAGGUACAACGGAAAAGACCAUCUGGAAGUGGGAUCAGGUUAUAGAAUGCUUAAUUGAUCCCAAGACCUGGCUCAUCUUCGUGCUUGAACUCCUGACUCAGAUCCCAAAUGGCGGUACUCAGAAUUUUGCCAAUCUUGUGAUUGAGUCUUUUGGGUUCACGAACUUGGAAUCCACGCUAGUCAAUAUCCCCUAUUCGCUUAUUACCGUCACGGCCAUCGCUGGUAGUGGAUGGCUAGCCGGUCGGUACCGUCAAUUGAAUUGUCUACUCAUAAUUGCCGUUGUCCUACCUUGUGUCAUCGGUAGUGCAAUCAUAUACUCUCGUGCUCAUGUUGUACAUGGUGUACAACUCUUCGGAUAUUUCCUACUUUCCACCGGAUCAGCCGCAAUGCCCCUUGCGAUGUCACUUGUGCAAGCUAAUUAUCGUGGCGUCACAAAGAAAAUGACAGUCACUGCGCUUCUAUUUUUGGCAUAUUGUGCUGGUAAUAUUGCUGGUCCACAGUUCUUCUUGAGCAGCGAGGCACCUACAUAUGGCACUGCUUUCCGGACUAUUAUGAUUUGUUACGCCCUUACCAUCGUUUUCGCACUAGCCUUGCGGUUUUAUCUGCAGUGGCUGAAUGAAAAGCGGGUACAGGAGGAGGGAUUUCAAGGAAGCGCCGGAAACGCCGGGGCUGUCGGCGGAGGUAAAGUGUUAGACGUGGAUGAUAGUUCUAAAAACGUGGUCGAUAUGGUGAAUCAGGUUCGAUUGGUCUCUAAUGAUUAUGAGGAUAUCACAGACUGGAAGACGCCUGGUUUCAGAUAUCGUUACUGA